GGAGCAUAGUAUUGAUGUUGUUUCAGGGACCCAAGAAUCGUUGACGUAACGAACUUGACAAACCCCGGAAUGGAUCAAAAUUCAAAAUACCAGAAACUGGUGGUCGUCCACAAUCAAAAGGCGUCUCAGUGGCUGAGACGCCCUCUCACCAAUUCCAAAAGUCAUCUAUCACCGGAGAUCUCCAUUUAUGGCUAUUUCUUCACACUGAGCAACAGUACAGACCUAUUUGCUUUCAGCUUUCUUCAGCACCACAGUCGUCAAUCAUGAGGACGCCAACGAAUCGAAGUGUGAAAGUCAUACCGUUUCAACACUCGUAUACUGGCGGAGAUAACACGCCGGCGACGUCUUCUUCUUCCUCUUCGAUGUUGAGAUGGAGUGCGAAGUUGAAUCGGAUGAAGAUGAUUGAUUGGAUUGAGCUCUUUCUCCCUUGCUCACGUUGGAUUCGGACAUACAAUUGGCGUGAAUAUCUCCAGCCUGAUCUAGUCUCCGGUGUCACCGUCGGUAUCAUGCUUGUCCCACAGUCUAUGUCGUAUGCAAAGCUAGCUGGACUUCAACCAAUAUAUGGACUUUAUACAGGAUUAGUGCCUAUAUUUGUCUACUGCAUAUUCGGGUCAUCACGCCAGCUGGCUGUUGGUCCAGUAGCACUGGUUUCUUUAUUGGUGUCUAAUGUUCUAGGCAAUGUUGACUCAUCUGGUGAAUUAUAUACAGAACUUGCUAUAUUAUUAUCACUCAUGGUUGGGAUUUUGGAAUGCACAAUGGGGCUAUUGAGGCUAGGAUGGCUCAUCCGCUUUAUCAGCCACUCUGUUAUUUCUGGUUUUACAACUGCAUCUGCCAUUGUUAUUGCCCUAUCUCAAGCAAAAUAUUUCUUGGGAUAUAGUAUAGUGAGAAGCAGUGAAAUAAUCCCACUGGUUAAGAGUAUAAUAUCAGGUGCAGAUAAGUUUUCAUGGCCUCCUUUUGUGAUGGGGUUGACUAUUCUUGCAAUCAUGUUGACCAUGAAGCAAUUGGGUAAAACAAGGAAAAAUUUACGGUUUUUGCGAGCAGGUGGGCCCCUCACUGCAGUUGUUCUGGGUACAACUUUUGUAAAAAUAUUUCAUCCAUCUUCCAUUUCUUUGGUGGGAGAUAUACCUCAAGGGCUCCCCUCUUUUUCCAUUCCUAAAGAGUUUGCACAUGUCAAGUCAUUAAUCCCAACCACAUUUUUAAUCACUGGAGUGGCUAUACUGGAAUCUGUGGGGAUUGCCAAAGCUCUGGCAGCAAAGAAUGGAUAUGAAUUGGAUUCAAAUCAAGAGUUGUUUGGCCUAGGAGUAGCUAAUAUUUUUGGCUCCUUUUUCUCAGCAUACCCUGCAACAGGUUCCUUUUCAAGGUCAGCAGUUAAUAAUGAAAGUGGGGCAAAAACCGGUUUGUCAGGAUUUGUCAUGGGCAUUAUCAUCUGCUCUGCUUUGUUAUUCAUGACACCAUUGUUUGAAUUUAUACCUCAGUGUGCUCUAGCAGCCAUUGUAGUCUCUGCUGUAAUUGGGCUAGUAGACUAUGAAGAGGCAAUCUUUUUAUGGCGAGUAGAUAAAAAAGAUUUUUUUCUUUGGACAGUUACUAGUACAACAACUUUAUUCUUUGGGAUAGAGAUUGGUGUCCUUGUUGGGGUGGGGUUUUCUCUUGCUUUUGUGAUCCAUGAAUCAGCAAAUCCACAUAUUGCUGUGUUGGGGCGUCUACCUGGCACAACUGUUUAUAGAAACAUCCAACAGUAUCCAGAAGCAUAUACAUACAACGGGAUUGUCAUUGUUCGUAUAGAUGCACCUUUGUAUUUUGCCAAUACAAGCUUUAUAAAAGACAGGCUGCGGGAGUAUGAAAUUGCUGUUGACCAAUCUGGGAGCAGGCGUGGACCAGAAGUUGAAAGAAUAUAUUUUUUAAUUCUAGAGAUGGCACCUGUUACUUAUGCGGACUCCAGUGCAGUUCAAGCUUUAAAAGAGUUGUAUCAGGAAUACAAAUCAAGAAACAUCCAGAUAGCAAUUGCGAAUCCAAAUGGAGAUGUUCUUGAGACUCUAGCAAGAUCUGGAUUCAUAGAUCUGGUGGGUAGAGAGUGGUGUUUUGUUAGAGUGCAUGAUGCUGUUCAAGUUUGUCUUCAAAAUGUAGAGACAAUCUCAAAUGGUUUACCUAAUAAAACACCACCAAAACCAUCUAUACAUAACAGUUCAAGCUUUAUACAAAGACUCAAAGAGAAACGUAAACAGGACUUAUCUUCAGAUGAUAUGGAAUCAGUCUGCAGACCUUUGCAGUACAAGAGGUGGACCAAACGUCUACAGUCUGAAAGAAGAAGACCGUUUGUUUUUUAA